CCCCGCUUGCCGCCGCCGUCAGUGGUGCCCGGACGCCGGCUGCACCGCAGCCCGGGCUGUCCCCGGCGUCCUGCCACCGCCCUUCCUCCCCCGCCUCCGCCUUCCUCUCCCUCCCCGAUUCCCCUCCCGCAACUCAAGGUUUACUCGGCUGGACACUGUGUGUGUUUGGAUUUCUCAAGGAUUCUCCCCCGACUAACAUGGAUGUCCCACCAUUCCUUGCAGUUGAAGGUUGCUCCUUGGCGCAGUGAAUGAAGAACAUGCAGGGAUUGCUAAUAGGUUUGGGAAGCGUAGACUCUCUGCUCUCUCUGUGACCAUGCCGUGAUCGUGUCUGAGGGCCAUCAGUUUACGUAUCCUCAUUCUCACCCUACCGGGAAACCUGACGGCUUAGAAGGGGGAAGUAAGGCAGCGCGUGUGUGCAUAGAAACAUCAUGAAGAUUUCCCAUAUUGUAACUAAUUCAGUCAUCAGAUGCACGAUUAGACUCCUUCUCUGCUUACUGUGGAUUGGAUAUUCUCACGGAACCACACAUGUAUUAAGAUUUGGAGGCAUUUUUGAGUGUGUGGAAUCUGGUCCAAUGGGAGCAGAAGAAUUAGCCUUCAGAUUUGCUGUGAACACAAUCAACAGAAACAGAACUCUUCUGCCCAACACCACAUUGACAUAUGACACACAAAAGAUAAAUCUCUAUGACAGUUUUGAAGCAUCCAAAAAAGCCUGCGAUCAGCUGUCCCUUGGGGUGGCAGCCAUCUUCGGACCGUCCCACAGCUCCUCCGCUAACGCUGUGCAAUCCAUCUGCAACGCUUUGGGAGUUCCACACAUCCAGACCCGCUGGAAACAUCAGGUGUCAGACAACAAGGACUCCUUCUAUGUCAGCCUCUAUCCGGAUUUCUCUUCACUCAGCCGUGCCAUCCUUGACCUUGUGCAGUUCUUCAAGUGGAAAACAGUUACUGUUGUUUACGAUGACAGCACUGGUCUCAUUCGAUUACAAGAGCUCAUCAAGGCUCCAUCACGAUACAACCUAAGACUAAAAAUCCGUCAGUUACCAGCUGACACAAAAGAUGCAAAGCCAUUGCUAAAGGAGAUGAAAAGAGGCAAAGAAUUCCAUGUAAUCUUUGACUGCAGCCAUGAAAUGGCAGCAGGCAUCUUGAAGCAGGCUUUAGCUAUGGGGAUGAUGACAGAAUACUAUCACUAUAUCUUUACCACACUGGACCUGUUUGCCUUGGAUGUGGAACCCUAUCGGUACAGUGGUGUUAAUAUGACUGGAUUCAGAAUCCUAAACACAGAAAAUACCCAGGUGUCAUCUAUCAUUGAGAAGUGGUCUAUGGAGCGCUUGCAAGCACCCCCGAAGCCUGAUUCAGGUUUGCUGGAUGGAUUCAUGACGACGGAUGCAGCGCUGAUGUACGAUGCAGUCCACGUGGUGUCAGUGGCUGUCCAGCAGUUCCCACAGAUGACCGUCAGUUCGCUACAGUGCAACCGCCACAAACCAUGGCGCUUUGGGACCCGCUUUAUGAGUCUCAUUAAGGAGGCCCACUGGGAAGGCCUCACAGGCAGGAUAACUUUCAACAAAACUAAUGGCUUAAGGACAGAUUUUGAUUUGGAUGUCAUCAGCCUCAAGGAAGAAGGUCUUGAGAAGGUUGGAACUUGGGAUCCGUUGAGCGGCCUUAACAUGACUGAGAAUCAGAAAGGAAAGCCAGCAAACAUCACAGAUUCGCUGUCCAAUCGCUCUUUAAUUGUUACUACCAUCUUGGAAGAGCCAUAUGUUAUGUUCAAGAAGUCUGACAAACCCUUGUAUGGAAAUGAUCGUUUUGAAGGUUAUUGCAUAGACCUCCUCCGGGAGCUGUCUACUAUCCUUGGGUUUUCCUAUGAGAUUAGACUGGUGGAAGAUGGAAAAUAUGGAGCCCAAGAAGAUGCCAGCGGACAGUGGAAUGGAAUGGUUCGUGAACUAAUUGAUCAUAAAGCUGACCUUGCAGUUGCACCAUUGGCAAUUACCUAUGUUCGUGAGAAGGUCAUCGACUUUUCCAAGCCCUUUAUGACUCUUGGAAUAAGUAUUUUGUACCGCAAGCCCAAUGGUACAAACCCGGGCGUCUUCUCCUUCCUGAAUCCUCUCUCCCCUGAUAUCUGGAUGUAUAUUCUGCUGGCUUACUUGGGUGUCAGUUGUGUGCUCUUUGUCAUAGCCAGGUUUAGUCCCUAUGAGUGGUAUAACCCACAUCCUUGCAACCCUGAUUCAGACGUGGUGGAAAACAAUUUUACCUUGCUAAAUAGUUUCUGGUUUGGAGUUGGAGCUCUCAUGCAGCAAGGUUCUGAGCUCAUGCCUAAAGCCCUCUCCACCAGGAUAGUGGGAGGCAUUUGGUGGUUUUUCACACUUAUCAUCAUUUCCUCGUACACUGCUAACCUAGCCGCCUUUCUGACAGUGGAACGUAUGGAGUCCCCUAUUGAUUCUGCUGAUGAUUUGGCCAAGCAGACAAAGAUAGAGUAUGGGGCAGUUGAAGAUGGAGCAACCAUGACAUUUUUCAAGAAAUCCAAAAUCUCCACUUAUGACAAGAUGUGGGCCUUCAUGAGCAGCAGGAGGCAGUCAGUACUUGUCAAAAGUAAUGAAGAAGGUAUCCAACGCGUGCUUACCUCUGACUACGCAUUUUUAAUGGAGUCGACAACCAUUGAGUUUGUCACACAGAGGAACUGUAACCUUACACAGAUUGGAGGCCUGAUAGACUCCAAAGGUUACGGCGUUGGAACUCCCAUGGGUUCUCCAUAUAGAGACAAGAUCACUAUAGCAAUUCUUCAGCUGCAGGAAGAAGGCAAGCUCCACAUGAUGAAAGAGAAGUGGUGGAGAGGCAAUGGUUGCCCAGAAGAGGAAAGUAAAGAGGCCAGUGCUUUGGGAGUUCAAAAUAUUGGAGGAAUCUUCAUCGUGCUGGCGGCAGGAUUGGUGCUUUCUGUCUUUGUGGCAGUUGGGGAGUUUUUGUAUAAAUCAAAAAAAAAUGCUCAGCUGGAAAAGCCAGAUUUCAGGACAAGUGACUAUUUCUCCUCUUAUUCAAGCCUGAAAAAAGACAGCUUUUUACUCCUGGAAGUUCACUGCAGUUAAUUUUAUGGAUGAAGAAGAAAUCUGAAACUGUAAUGGGAAACAAAUUAAUCUUCUACAGAUAAUUCUGAUUUUCAAAAGACAAACCGUCUGUAGCUCAAAGUCAAAUUCUAAAAAUGUCUCUAUAGAAAUGUUCUUUAUAGGAGUUUAUACUUGCAAAGUUGUCCUGGUAACAUCUGGAAAAGGUUACAUCAACAUGAUUCUUUUUUGGUGGGUUUACUACUGAUACGAUGUCCUGUAAUUUCAAACUGACCCAGUUUUGAAAAUCCUAUUGUUAACUUGUUGUGUACUUGCAAUUUAUACAACCAGAAUACUGUAACUGUGCUAAGACUAGUAAUAUAUUGAAAAAUUUGUAGCUGAAAUUAUCUUUUUUGCAUAAUAAUUAAAUAAAUAUUUCUACAUGUAUGUGCCCAUGUCUAAACCUAAAAUAAAAUAGUAUAUUUUAUUGCUAUGGCAAAAUCUGAAUUUUAAAUAUUGAGAGAAAUUGUUGGAUUUUGCUAGGACUUGUUUUUUUUACUUUUCAGGAAAUUAUGACCUAUGACAAUUUUUAAAUUUAUGUUUAGAAAUGUAAUUUAAUAAAAUCAGUAGUAAAUCCAAAAGCUAUAUUUAUAUUGGUAUUUUUCCAGAUGAUGCUAGUGAGCUUUUUUAGCUUGAAUCAUUACUCACAAAAUUUGCUAUUUGUUUUCACUUUUGAGGCAACUUUCUGGUAUUCAAGUUUCCUGUUAUAAAUAUAUUGUUAAGAAUUUUUUCUAACAUACACUAAGGCAGUGUGAGGUUUCAAGGUCCUAUACACUGUUUGAACAUGGGUACAUUCAUUUAAUUGUUAAAGGACCCUUUAGGUCCUCUUCUUUAAAAUACUGCAGGCUAAUUCCUUCUGUAAGCAUACUAUUGGAAUGUUAUGUUUCUGAAAUGAAUUUGUAAGGAAAAAUAUUCUGGUUACUUAAGAAACCCAUGUAAAUAUCAAUAAUAUUUGUCCAUUCUUAAAAUGGAUAUGGAUCUUAUAUAAACAUUGGUGAAGUUUGGUUUAGCUUUUCUGGAUUUUUAGCAAUCACUCAAUUAGAAAAAUAGGACUGCUUUGAUAAUCAUUUUGUUAUGAGUUCAGUAUUUUACAGGGUGUAAAUACAUAUGUGAUAAUAGCAGCAUGUUGGAAGUUGUGAGAGGAAGCAAACAGAAACUUUCUAAUUAAGGAUUUGUUUCCUUAAGUCCUUUAGUUUGGAGGGUGGAGGUGGGGAGGAAUGUGUUUAUGUUUGUUUGGUUUGGAGGUUUUUUGUUUCUAUUUUUCUUUUGUAUUUGUUUUCUUCUACUUGUUUGUUUAUUAGUGUUGGAUAGAGAUAGCAAUGACUGGAGGAAUAUGACCUUUCAACCGCAUUUGUACAAGAAAUGUUUCAUCAUCAAGUAUUUAGAUACUUUGAAAGUCAGGAAUAAAUCUGCAGCAGCUGAGUUGGGUCAGGCUUCUCUCCUUUCUCUCCUCCUUGCCCCCAAUCACUUACCUUCCAUCUCCUCCCUGCUACUCACAGAUACCCUGAUAUCAGCAGACCAUUGAAAUUUCAUGGCAGUUUUAUUUAUGAAAUGAACUUAAGAGGAAAAUUAUGCUCACAUCCCUGCACAUGGCCUACCCCAGCAUCCCUUCACCCACUCUUUGCAGCACCCAAAGACUUUCAGGAAACAUCUUCUUUCAACCUCUCCAAGAGCAGCAGAUUCCCUUUGCCUAGGAGAGGGAGCAACAGCAGCCUAGGGCGAGAUGAGAAAUCCUGUAAUUUGUCUCCAGUCUCGACAAAUCCCUGCUGAGAUGAGUAAACAAUGCAAAUAAUGCUGCUUUGGAUAUCCCGUGGGGAGGGAGGCGGUACCUAUUUUUGGUAACAUUUGUGGUUUCGUCCCUUUAGAAUCAGAGUAUCAUUCUGGCAUAGCGUUUGUCAAUAUUUGGAAAGAGGGAAGAACAAAGGUCAUACAAAGAGCCAAGGAGACAAAAUGAAUCAGAUAAUUUCAGCUGCUGAGUAUAUGAAGUAUCCUGAGUUAGAAGCAGCCAUGAGUGUUUGCUUUUUAAUGUGUACAAAAUACUCAGUUGUGCUUCCAGCAGGGAGGCAACACAAAUUGAAAUUGUAUAAUAUAGAUAUGGGGUUUUAGAAUUUUUUUAUGUCACCCUGCUCUUGGAGUUUGCACAUAAGCAGAAAUAUUGUCUGGUGUGAACCUGUUUGGAGGAGUGAAAUCUUGAAAGGAAUCAAGCUCAGAAAAACAGCAGAUAAAAUGGUGUGAUUUGCUAAAAUAAAAAAUGUUGCAUCUUGUAAGAAAAGAUGGCUCAAAACAUCCAUGCCCCUGAUAUGUUUAAAAGUCUGAAGCAAAGAUAUGACACUUCUGAGAUUUUCUGUGAAACAGAUGAUUUUAUGCCACCACACACUUUCCAGACAGAGAGAAAUUCCUCUUUUAUUGACACCAUUCAAAAGAAAAGCCUGGAUGUUACUACUGUUAGACUACCAGUUACUGGCACUUACUAAAGCUAACUUGCUUGAAAAUAAGUAUCCUAAAUUGCUAACUAUUUUCCAGAAAAUCCAGAAAUUAUGAAAGUGAAAACAGCUGUAUAUGGAUUAAAUUCUGUUAUCAUUUCUAGCCAUUCAAAACUCAUUGAGCCUUCAGCAGGCUGGAACUAGGUAUGCCUGUGUAAAAAUAGCAGAUGUAAAUUUUAUUAAUUUUGAACCAUUAUUAUUAUUUCAAAUAAUGUAAAAUGACAUCCAUACUUAACUAUUUGUUAAGAGAUACACUUCCUAUAGUAAAAAGUACUAGAUUAAAUCUUAACAUGUACUGAAACAGUAAUGCCAGCAAAAUAUAUCUGGAGUUAUAAAAUCAAAUCAUAACACAAACAUCAAUUAAAUGAACCUCUCUGAAAUAGUUAUUAAUUUAUAAUUUAUUAUAAAUACAAUAAAAUCAGUAAGUACAUUCGUAUUUGUUUAUAUCUUAUAUACAUUUACAGGGAAGACAAAAGCUAUUGAACAUUCCAUGGUAAAUAAUUCACUGCUCAGCUGCACAAUUGAGUUGAGAAAGAUUAGUGUGGAUAAUUUAUCUCUCAAGGCACAGUGUCUGAGCAGUUGGCAGAACUGGGCCCAAAGCAGAGAUCAGUAGCUAGGAAUAUACAUGUGUUACAUAUAGAAUGGUUUUACUUACAACUGCAGAUUCCAUGGAAGAAGAAAUUCUGAAUGCUGAGCUGUGAGCUGUAUACAAGACUAUGUCUUCAGAGAUGGCACAAAUUUAUCUGGAUGACUUUUGUCUGAAAUUAAUACAAUAAUUCAAAACACUUUAUGCAGAAUUCUCAAAACAUGUUUUUAUAAUGUAAGGAUAGCAGGAACAAGGCUUUCUGAUCAUAACUGGCUCAAAAAUUCAUGCAGCUUUUAUGAGCUGCAGUCUCUUUAAGUUUUGGUACAAUUUGAUCUUAAGUUUAUUAGAAAUUAAAUGUGGUUUUGCUAUGAUUGCUAGUAAUUCUGAAUUUUCUACUUCACACACAUAUUUUAAUGAUGUGAUAACCUGGAGUGUAUUUUGGACUAGAUAACUCUUCUAGUCUUGCCUAGUAUAUAAUCUCACUGUUUCCUUCAGAGGAAGUGCUGAGAAUGGCAGAGCACAUAUCCUUGUCUAUGGUAGAAUGUUGAUAUUCCAGUUGGCACAGUGGGAAAGGGUAGGAGGAGAUGGUAGGUCAGAAAUUGUCCUGACAUCCCUGCAUUCCUGCAGAGCAACCACAAGAUGGUGCCUUCUAAUUUCUGAGAGGGAAGUUUAAUUGUCACUUUUUAAUAAAAUUUACGUCACAAUGCUUACCUAUUGUUUAAUUGCAGCCUUUCUGAAAAUGCUAAAGGCUUGUAUUAUUUUCCAUUGUUUAUGAUACAAACAUCUAAUUAUGUCAUCUACUUGGAAACAUGUUAUUAUCAGACCUUUUUUAUCUAGCCAAUCUUGACAAUAAAUGCUCAGUCAUUUGCAUUUUAUAAUUGCUUUUGCUGCUGAAUGACCUGCUCCCUUAUUUUAACAGGCACUCAGAGGGCAGGGAAUAAGCAAGGUUAGAAGCAGAAGCCAUUUAAAACAAUUACUAUGUCUUUCUUAUUUUCUUUUCUUUUUUUUUUUUAAUUGAUGCGCAUCAAUGCAUUAUGGGUUUAUGUCCAUUUCACACAUUUAGUUUAGUAUAGUUCACAUUAUUACUGUAAAUGCCAGGGAAAACAUUGACCUUGAAGACCAUUAAUAUUUAGCAUAAUAUAUUGAUGAUUCUCGGUCUGAGAAUUUAUUGACCUUUCCUUUGACUUUGUGUGUUCGAAAUUUUUUUAAGUUUUCUCUGAGAUUAUUUCCAUUUUCAUACCACCCUUACAGAGUGAUUAGAUACUACUGUAAGUGUUAGCUGUGACAGAUGUGAUAGAAACUAUGUGUGUACUGCUGAAAAUAUUAGGAUGAAAUUCACAGUAUUGAUGAAGGCUGUGCCAUGGAUAUACAGACCAUUGCUUGUUACUCUUGUAAAUUGUUCUUGUGCCUAUCCUGGUCAGGGUUUCUUUGGAGAGGGUGACACUGGCUGGAGAAGUUAUCUGCAAAUCUGGUUUUACUGGUGUAGUGGUCCCACACCCUUCUCAAGAGGCAAGGAGGGGCCAAGAGCUGAUGGGCUGAAACAAUUGUUGCACGGUGACCAUAUGCAUUUACACAUCAUCCUGAUUUUGCUCCUCUCAAAUCUGAUUUAACUGUUCUCAAUUUGUUUACAUGCAGUCAGUGUAAAUGCUAAUAAGAGUUUAUUUUCCAAGGUCCUUUUAUGAUCUAUUUGUACUAGGAUAAGUUUCCUUCAUUAUGUUUUAAAAUGCUUCUUUUUAGAAUUCAUGUCAGUAAAGUGCAAAUAUAUAGCUUCUCCUCUAUGGAAAGAACUUACAUGAAGAAGUUAAUAAUUACUGAAAUGUUGUGAUGCUUCUUUGUCAGCAGGAUGUGUAGAAAGUCAGUAUUUUCAUCUUUAUUUUAAUUGUUAUCAACAGUGCAAAACCAAAUUUAAAUAUUUUCUUAUGAAAAAAUGAGAAGGUUUUAGAAUUCUUAUUUUACUAUAAUAUUUUUUGGUCUGGUGUUUUGGAUAAUUUUUGCAAAUUUUACUAAAUUAGUUUUGACUAAAAUACUUUACUUUCUCAGAAAAAUGCAGUUAUGUCAGUAUUUCUGGAGUUCAAAAAUAUUCCUAAUAGUUUAAUAUCAAAAGCCUUUGAAUUUGGGACAGUAAUUUAUAGUAGUUUUGGAACAAUACCAAAGUAAAUCUCAGCCUAUUGAUUUUUUUCCAGGGAGAGACAAGUUCAAAAGAUUUUAAAGUUGAAAAGCCUGUUCCUCAGGCUACAAGAAACAAAAGAAUGUGGACAUUCUUGGUAAAUUGAAGUAAAAGCUUUGGGAUUUAUAUCCCAAGUAGCUUUUUGUGCAAUCUACAGUCAGUGAUGUAGAGUGUGUUUUUGUGUCACAUUUUUUAAUGGAGUAACCUCAGAAAUUGUAAUUUUGGCUGGGAAAAGCAGCAGCUGGGACAAGUCAUGGAAGAAAAUGUUUUUCCAACAUUAGCAUGCUGCAUUCUGCAGAUAUGCCAUUGGAAAAUUGGGAACUUCUAUCAUUCUGUAGUCCCCUGAGCACUCACUGUAUAAGUAUGUAUAAACUUGUAUGGUUAAUUUGUGUGUGUGUAAGUUUAGAGAUUACGUGAAUUUCUGGUAUUAAUUUUAAUUAAAUGCCCUCUUGGAAACCAUGUAAGUAUAUAUUACAGAAUAUUUUUUUAGGGGAGGAAUUGUUGCAAAAUCCAAAAACCCAGCAAAUCAAAACAACCCCCCACAAAACACAGAUGCAAUCCGCACCCCAAACACCUUUAACAGAAGAAAAUAAAAAAGGAAGAAAAGCAAAUUACCAACUGUGGCAUUUUAAAGUAAUUUGCAAAAAAUAAAAUACUAAAACCAAGAAUGCUAUUUUUAUUUUUGACUGCAGCUCAACCAGUAUCUGUUUGGUAAUGGACUUUUUAUUCUGAGGUGUCUUUAAUGUCGUAAUUUGUGUCUUUCAAAUAACAACUGAAAAUAGAGGAGUGUGUGUAAAGUUGACCAUUACAUAAGUACAGAAGUACACAAGUGCAGGAAGUUCAGUAUAGUUCCAUAUUCAUUCAGUCAAAGAUCAGAGUUUAAAUUAUAGGUCUGAAUUAAGGAAUAUUUUAAGUUUGACAAGAAUUUAAAGGUGGAUAAAAAAAAAAUUUGGAAACCCCUACAUGUUGUUUACAUUUUAGCAAAUGUGAUUCACUCAUCAGUAGAAAGAAGAAACACAUUAUAUGAUUAUUUUCUCCUCUGAUAAAAAUAUUUUUUCAUUCCAAUGGAAAAAAUGUC